UCUUGAGUAGAUAAAGUCGCCAAUACAAUGUAUUCAUUCUUGUUCAAGUUGAUGCCAUCAAUGAUGCAGCACUAUUUUUGGCAAGUGUUCUUACCCAUGCCAACUGCAUCCCUCGUAGCCCUGGGACUGCUCUUCUCCCUGCCGACAGUGAUUGCCGGUCCGCAUGAGAAGCGUCUUCUUCACGUGCUCCUGGACAAUUACAAUGUGCUGGAGCGACCUGUCGUCAACGAAUCCGACCCGCUGCAGCUGAGCUUUGGGUUGACGCUAAUGCAAAUUAUCGAUGUGGAUGAAAAGAAUCAACUUCUUAUCACCAAUAUAUGGCUCAAAUUGGAAUGGAAUGAUAUGAAUUUGCGCUGGAAUUCUUCAGAAUACGGUGGUGUGCGAGAUUUACGGAUUCCACCGCAUCGUCUGUGGAAGCCAGAUGUAUUAAUGUAUAACAGCGCCGACGAGGGCUUCGACGGAACGUACCCGACCAACGUGGUGGUCAGGAAUAAUGGGUCGUGCCUGUAUGUUCCACCUGGAAUCUUCAAGUCCACAUGCAAAAUUGAUAUCACUUGGUUUCCCUUUGACGACCAGCGGUGCGAAAUGAAAUUCGGCUCAUGGACCUACGAUGGUUUUCAGCUCGAUCUUCAGCUGCAGGACGAGGCGGGAGGAGAUAUCAGUAGUUUUAUAACGAAUGGCGAAUGGGAGUUGCUGGGUGUUCCCGGGAAGCGUAAUGAAAUUUACUACAAUUGCUGCCCCGAACCUUAUAUCGAUAUCACAUUUGCCAUACUAAUCCGACGGAAAACCUUGUACUACUUUUUCAACUUAAUCGUGCCAUGUGUACUGAUUGCAUCUAUGGCACUUUUGGGAUUCACACUGCCACCAGAUUCCGGUGAAAAACUCUCGCUUGGAGUAACAAUUCUUUUGUCACUAACCGUCUUCCUAAACAUGGUGGCUGAAACAAUGCCAGCCACUUCGGAUGCUGUGCCUCUUCUAGGAACUUACUUCAAUUGCAUUAUGUUCAUGGUAGCGUCGUCGGUUGUGUCAACAAUUUUAAUUUUGAAUUAUCACCAUAGAAAUGCAGACACUCACGAGAUGUCAGAAUGGAUUCGUGUGGUCUUCUUGUACUGGUUGCCUUGUAUCCUUCGCAUGAGUCGGCCAAGUCAGGAUGGCGGCACCUUCGAGAUUCCGUCGGUGAGUGGAUCGAAAGAGAAGCAACAGAUACAGAAUGUGGAACUGAAAGAGCGAUCGUCAAAAUCCCUGCUUGCUAAUGUGCUUGAUAUUGAUGAUGAUUUUCGUUGUAAUCAUCGUUGCACGAGUGGAACACUUCCGCACAAUCCCACAUACUAUAGAACCGUUUUUAGGCAAGGAGACGAUGGGAGCGUUGGACCUGUGUCCGAUGGCAGAAUGCACGAAACAAUAUCACACACAUGCCUAAGCUCGUCUGCUGAAUACGAAUUGGCACUAAUUCUCAAGGAGCUUCGGUGGAUUACAGAUCAACUUCGCAAAGAAGAUGAAAACACGGACAUAACUAAAGACUGGAAAUUUGCUGCAAUGGUAGUUGACCGAUUGUGCCUUAUAAUUUUCACGUUAUUUACCCUUAUCGCUACACUAGCUGUCCUCUUUUCAGCACCUCAUUUCAUCUUCCCUUAACCAUACAAAAACUUCCUUAGAUCAAUUAUUCUACUGCUUUCCCUCACACCCUAAAAAGAAAUUACAUCCCACAAUUGUACGAAAAACAUUGGAAGAUUUAACGCCAAUAGAAUUAAAUUUUCGUUCGAAAAAAGAAAGAAACUGAGAGGAGAAUAGUGAGAAAAACAUUGAAAAAAAUUCUGAGAUGAAUAUCAAAUAAAUGGAUAUACUAUAAAGAUGAAAGAUACAACCUUCAAAGAAAGUGUGACUGAUAAAGUAAUGAAAAUAAUUUCCUUUCCAAAAACAGAUUAACUAACAGGACUUAAAAGUAAUAACUAACAGUGCUAUAUCUAAAAAGAAAUGUGUGAAGAAAAAAAAACAUAAAGAAGAGCCACACAACUUCUAAGGACAAUUACAGACAUUUCAAUUACUAAAAUUAUUACUAGUGAAUCAAUAUAUCCAAAUAAUUCCAUUAUAAAAAAUUGCAAUACUUAAUAAAAUUGAGGAACUUAGGAAAAGGAAACUUUCUAUUAUCACAAUGUGCCAUUGAAAUUAGAUUUACUAAAAAAAAGGUUGAAUAUACUAGAUGAAACCGUGAGUGUAAGAAACCUUCCAAAUAGCGAUGGCUUAUUUGGUUUUUAAUUGAAAAAAAAAGGAUAUUUAUCAGAGCUCAUAUUAAAGGUUGUUUUUCAUACUCGAAAAGAUACCCAUAAUAUCCAUCAUCAACGACGAGAUGGAUUCUGUUUGCAGUCGAAAAUGCGAAAUACUUAAAAAAAAAAGAAACUAUUAGUAAAAAAAAAUUCGAUGCAAGUUCGGGGUGUAGAUUUAAAAGAAGAGAUAAAAGAAAACAAUAACGGGAAGAAACAUAAAAUAACUUAUGAGAAAAAAAACAUGUAGAUCAAACACAAUAAUAAUUAAAUCUAAAAGAAUCAUAUUUAUAGCCACUCUCAGAAAAUGAAGAAAAAAAAUAUCACUCUAAAGAAAUUAGGAAAAUAUUUUAAAAAAUUUUAAAACAAUUGGAUUGAUACCAAUUCUUAAGGAAAGAAAAGCAUAAUCAUAGCGAGUUUUGUACCUUAAGUAUAAUAUAGUUUGUAAAAAAAAAAUGAAAUUUUUCGAUAAUAGCGGCUUUGUUAACAAAUUCAAUAAGAAUUUUUCCAAAUAUUGAUAGCAUAGCAUUUGCGGUAAAAGGAAUAUUUGAGAACAUGAGGAGGGGAGAUUUCAGGUAAUCAUCUUAAUAGAGCGUAGAAUUUGAAUAAAAAGGAAAAACGGGGUAGUCAAAAUGCUUUCUAAGUAUUAAAAAAAAAGUAUGGGCUAUGUUUCAAUCUGGCUGCAUUUGUAGUGUGUGGAGCUGAACAAGAAAUGCAGCUACAGUGAAAAUGGCGUAAAAAAAUAUGUUCAAACAAUUGAAAAGUCUUUGUACAUAUUCUAAAGAAAUAUUUUCGAAAUUAAACCCGAACAUAGGUGUAUUACGAUUUCAACAAAAAAUGACUACCCUCUCAAAUUGAGGAGUUGAAUCUCAAAGAAUUGUUUUAAAAUAAAAUAUAUUUUAGCAGUGAUCAGAAAUGAUUUUCAUUGGAAACGAAGUAAAUAAAAAUAGAUGAGUUUUCGUCGAUGAGCAAUAAGAGCAAAUUAAUCUUGUUCAAAAAAAAAACUGUAAAGAUGAGUAACUUCAAGUGAUAUAGUCAUCAAAAAAAUUCGAAAUAGGAGAAGUAUUUAUUUUCCAGAGUUAAACUCUUGGAGAAUGCAGUCGAAGGGAGAGAUGAAAUUCCACAAAAUUUCCAACACUGCAGAACAUCAAAGUGAUGUAAAACAGCAGAAUGAAGCAUUAACUCUCCACCCAGCAAAAGUUGUGUGGAGAGUUUGUUUAUAUCAAAAUGUACAGAACAAUAGAUUCAGAGAAAAAAAAAUUGAAAAAUUACACUUGACGCACACAACAAGGUGAGAAAACGACGAGAAUUAUUCAACAGAGAUGCAAAAUGAAGCAUAAAAUGAUACAAUAAUGAGAGAACUACCAAUAAUAGUGUAAUAUUACAAAUUUAGUGACAGCGUAACGAUAUUUUAUAGUGAUGAAGGAAACAGUGAGAGAUGUGAAAAUAAACAAGAAAUAGAGAGAAACGAUUAUUCAUAUAUUAUACACAUGGGGAAGGAAAGAAAUUUAGAAAAUAAAUCAUAUUGUUACGUCACGUAAAUGCUGUGAUAUGACUUUUUAUAAAUGGUGAGAAAAAAAGAAGAUGCAUUAAAAAUGAUUGUUGAAACAAUGAAUAAGAGAAAUCGCAAAACUUGUUGAUUUUAUUAGGAAAUAUUCCGAAAGAAAAAAAAUGAUUACACACAACAGGAGAAAUGUACACGAAUCACGAUAAACAUUUUUUAAUUUCCGAUCUGUCAUUGCAUGUUUCACGAAGCCUUUUCCGAAUCUUCAUCACCAUUGAAAAAAAAUAUGUUGAAAAAAAUCUCUUAAAAGUGAAAAAGCUCUAAGUCAAAACACAUCUGAAGACAACUUCUUACAAUUAAAAACAGCAUCACCGUAAUAUCCAGCAAUUAAAGUAAUGAAAGAACAUUUUGAAUUAAGAACGAACAUAUUGAAUGAAGUUUACAGUAUCAGAGAUAAAGCAAAAAAUGUAUAAUUAAAAUAAAGUAAGUAAAUGCAAGUAAAUAAAUAAAUAAUAUCAUAAAGAUAUAAAUUAAAUAUCAUAAAUUAAUUGAUAAUAAUAAAAAAAAAAUCGUAGAAAUAAAUAUGUAUAAUGCAAAAAAAGUAAAGUAAUAAGUAGAAUAAAGUUAAUCGUAAGGGAGAUUUAAAGAGAAAAACAUAAAUUGGUAAAGUAGAAAGGAUAAAUCAUAGCUAAAGUGAAACGAGAAAAGAUACUGUAAAUUUACUUCAAUAUAAAGAGUAAUAAAGUAUAUUUAUAAUAUAUAUUAUACACACCUCCUAAUAUUUACACCCUAUUAUUAAAUUUGUCAGCAAAUACCCUAUUUAGGUGGCUGUACUACCAUUUUCUAUAAACAUAUUACCGAAUCUUAAUUAUAUAUUUCAAAAAGUGAAUGAAAAAUGAAUAAAAACAUACUACGGUCUUCCUACGAUGAUAUAACCAUCAUUUAACGAAAUGAAAAAUUACCCUGAUCUUCAUUUUCACAUUGAUUUCUUUCACUCUCCAACAAAUUAAACUAUCUGAUCACUCGUCAAACCUGAGUUUUCGUUCAAUGACGCAACCUAAAGGACUAUCAAAUAUUCAAUGCAAUACCUAUUAUAAUAAACUAUGAAAACCAUGAAAACUAUGAAUAAAUGUAGCAGGAAAUCGAGUUGAAAUGACAAUUUUGUUGCAACAACGAAUUUGAUGAAUAAUUUCAACAGUAUUUUGUUAUUUCUACAAACUUAGCCAAAAAGGUUCACUGUAUUUGGAAAAUUUACGAAAUAACUGAUCCCAAAUUAAGGUUUCUUCACUUUAUAUUAAAAAAAAAGAAAUAGACGAGAUUUUGAACACGAAGAGACGAAUAAAAAUAUUAAGCUUAAACCUCUUCACCUAAAGACCCAUAACUAUAACCUCUAACUCUAUAUUAUCACUAACUAUACAACUUUACACACUUUUCACACACAUUUACACAUUUAAUCACCUUCUUCAUGAUAUACUUCCUGCAAGAAAAUGCAAUAGAUUACUCUAUACCUUUGCUAACAUACCUUGAGAGUUACAAAAUGAAAAAAAAAUGAAUAAUCCGUAAAUUGAAAGUAAUUCUUAUAUUUAAAUAUAAAAAUAUUUAAACACGAAAAAGGGGAUAAUUGACGAAUUAACUAAAUAUUGGCUCUUGUACAUUGCCAAAAAAAAGUGAGUAAAGCAAAUAUAUCUAAAUAAAUUAUAAUAAAAGAAGACAAGUUAAUAAAAAAAAACAA